CAAGCGAGCUGUUGGUACCUGAUGCCGCAUGUCAGCGAUCGCCGCUGUCGCUUGUACGUAGUGGUAUUUCUAAUGUUUCGCAUGGAAUAAGACAGUGUCCUUCUAAUCCUGGUAUCUGAUAUGAACACGGAUAUGGAUAUGUCAUCAGUUGACGGACGAGUUUUCUAUGCAGAGUGCAUACAGAAAAAACGAAUACGGAAGGGCCGUGUUGAAUACUUCGUAAAAUGGCAUGGCUGGAGUCAAAAGUAUAACACAUGGGAACCGGAAGAAAACAUCUUAGACCCACUGCUCUUCGAAGCUUUCGAAGCAAGGCAAGGCAAAGAUAAGGGCCCUGCCAAAAGAGGUCCAAAGCCAAAAAAGAAAAGAAUUCGUAGCUCGAGUGACGUUUCGCUUGAGGCCAGGAGCAACACAGCAGAUGGCAGUACCAAGCUCGCCGAUGAUAGUAUGCGGGCGGGGGACGACGCACCCCCUUCGGUGUCCCCUUCCGUAACACCCUUCCCAUCAUCUUCCAAGAAACAACAAACUCGUCCGCGAAUCCAGUUUGCGAGUCGACGAAGCGACGAACCAACUCAAGGUCACCUUCCAUCUGCAUCGAACAUUGCUACGGCCAAAGGCCCCAAAGUGAUGGCGAAGAGCCCGAAGUGGUUGUCAACAACAACCGCAACAGAAAAAGAGCACAAUCAAGCGAAUCAUUAUAAAGCGUUGAACGGGCAUGUGAAAAAGAUGCCGCAUAGCAAAGCGGACUCUACUAGUGCCAACAAGAAAGCAAAUUCCGCUGUUUCGACUAGCAGUAAUACUUCCCGAUCGCCGCAAACGGGAAAAAAUUCAGCCCUCUCGAGGAUUAAUCAGUCCCCGAAAUUGAGUGCUAAUAAUAAUUUUCCCAAUAAACGAACAAUGACGAACUGCAGUGAUACCAGCUGCGUAGAUCCGAACGGGGUGACUGAGAAAGCAGAAUCACCCGCUAACCAUUCCGAUCAGGAGAACAAUAAUGAAUUGGGAAAACCAGAUGUUCAACUCAACGGUCACCUUCCCCCGAACCGGGUGGUUCAAGCGACCCUGCUCCAGCCGAAAAACAACAACUGCAGCCGUUCGCUAUUCGCCCCCAGCUGCGUAGUUAACGCGGAUCCACCCCCCGAAAUAUGGCAGAAGCAGAAUCCCGUGGUAGAUGAUAUUCUGAUCACCGAUGUGACCGCCAAUCUGGUCACUGUGACCGUCCGCGAAUGUUGGACUAGCCGUGGUUUCUUUCGCGACCGCGGCGGGAUCGAAAAAAUCGAGAAGGGCAAUGAACCAAAAGAAAUGGAAGUUAACUAAUUCUUGUUUGCGAUGAAAAGCGUGUGGGGGAAGUUAUGAAAAUUGAAAUUUAUUCUUUUCACUGCGCACAGUGAUCGUAACUGUUGGAAAGUUUCUCUGAAAGGUCACUGGUCAGAAAACUUAUUGCUAAAAUGGCAUAAAUCUUGAGGUUAUACAAAAUUUUGAACUCCGAAAAUAAAUUAUUACAUUUAAAAAAUUUGCUAUUUUCAAAUAAAACUUCUAUAUUCUAAGCACUGAUUCAAAUAAUUGUUUGGAACAAGAUGUUGAAAUUAACAUAGUCAUUUAUUGUUAACAUAAAUACUAUUAGAAGUAUUUUAAUUGAAUCUCCCUAAAGCACAGAUAUUACUUUUUUAGGGCAGGAUUACAUAUUUGAAUAAAUGAUGGUGUUUCAAAGUACAUGGCUCGUAAUUUGGUGAAUUUUAUUCAAAUUCUCAGAUUUUACACUUGAUUAAUCUCAAUAUGUAGAAAAUUUUUAUUAAAUUCUUCUGCUGUUGUUGGGAGUUGCUCAAAUAGUAAGAUAUUUUUGCAUUAUUUAGUGUUAAGUUUUGUCAUGAGAAUUUACAUUCUUUCAGGGAACACCUUAUUGAUGAUUAUUAAUACAUAAGUCUGAGUAAAUUUUUGUCGUUUGAAUAGUGCAGAAAGUCACUAAAAAGGGAAAUUUUCUGAUAAGUCACGUCACUGAUUGCAGAACUCCCACCUUAGUGUUUCAAUUAAAAAAGUGGUGCCUUCUUUAUAUACUUCUUCCCAGAAAGACUGGGUAGAUAUUACUUUCGUUCAAGUGAUUGAAAAAUGAAAAGUAGCAGCCCUUAUCCUUCUAGGUAUCUUCGGAAAGUAGAUAUUAUUGGGAAAGCAUUGGAACUUUUGAACUAAUUAUAUUUCCUUAUCUGUAAAGAACACAAAAACGUAAAUAUUUUUGUUUAUAUUUUUUGUUAUAAACUAAAUAAUAUAUAUAUAUAUUUACUUACAAACUUUGUGAAAUACCUUAUUUAACGGCAUAUAAGACACACUUUUUUUCCUAAAUUUGAUCUCAAAAAAGUUGCCUGCGUCUUAUACGUGAAGGACACAGUCUUAUACGUGAAGGUAAUUGCAUUCAGUAAUUGUUUAUUUGGCUUUUACGAAACGUGAGAACUAAAAGAAACCACGCUAUUGAAACUUUUUUUCCUUGUGUGUGGCCGUCUAAAUAAGGGUGCAUCUUAUAUGCCGUCAAAUAUGGUAUAUACCAUUUCUGGAACAUCUUGUGCUAAUAUUUCACUGGAGACAGAAAAAUUAGGGAGAUAUUGAUUCAUGUUGAAAUUAUAAUUAAAAUUUAUAGUUUAAAUAUUCUUAAAUAUCAGUAUUGUAAAAAUUUUAAAUGGAAGAGGCAUUUUCCCCCACAUUUGCAAUAUGACAGUAUUACAUCUAUAAAAAUGUGGCAAGCAGUUGUAGAUAAAGUAUCCAUAGAAAUUAUCAUUAAAUAUUAUGUCUGUGCACUCUUUAUAUCCUUUCUAGGUGUAUUAAGACUUUUUUUUUUUUUUUUUUUUUUUUUUUUUAUCCUGUCGUAAAUCAGCUUUUAAGGACUGACUGCUGCUUUUUGUUUGAAAGUUUGUAAAAAUCUAAUAAUGGAUAAACUUACCAGAAUUUUUACAUUUUCGUUUUCAGAUUUUUCAUGUGUGGCUAUGCAAUUUUAAAGAAGGAAAGUGUAAUAGUUAUUUUUGGCACCUUUAUAAUAAAAAGUAGUAAAUAUAACAAUAAGAAAAUUAUAGCCGAAGUUAAGAGGUGGCAUAUUAAAAAAGUAGAAAUUAAAACAAAUUAUUAUUAUUAUUAUUAAUAUAAAAAAUACAAAAAUCGGUGGGAUUUUUGUAUUAUUUCUUGAUUUUAAUAUUUUGAAAGAUACAAAACUAGUAAAAAAGGUAUUAGUUUCUUAUUAUUUUUUAGAAAAACUGGUGGAAAAAAAAAAGAAACUAGUUUAUUGUUAUUUAAUAUUUAAAUCUUAUACAAAAGCUAGCAAAAAAGAAUUUGUUCAUUUUUCAAUAUUUUAAAGGGGUACACAGAUUGAAAGAGCCCUAGCCUGUCUAAAAAAAUCGGAUUCUCCAAAUGAUAAACUGAGAUAUCAGCAGGCUGCUGUUCUUGAUGUAUUUUAAAAUACAAAAAUCCUUGAUUUUAAUAUUUUGAAAGAUACAAAACUAGUAAAAAAAGUAUUAGUUUUUUAUUAUUUUUUAGAAAAACUGGUGGAAAAAAAAGAAACUAGUUUAUUGUUAUUUAAUAUUUAAAUCUUAUACAAAAGCUAGCAAAAUGAUAAACUGAGAUAUCAGCAGGCUGCUGUUCUUGAUGUAUUUUACGCAGUUUCAAACAUAAAACUGAAUUUUAAGUUAAAUUCGCAGAAAAGCCGUAACUGUCAGAAUUCAUUUAACGUAAAAUAGUUUUGUAUUUCUGCUAAUGUCUGUAAUUCUGGCAAAAGUAAAUUAGGAGAAAAUUUACCUGGUUUUUCUCUCAUCAAAGUUGAGUGUAUAAAUAAAUAUUUUUUGGUUAUUUAUAUCAAAUUAUAUGUUGGAAAAAAAUAAUACUGACCGGAAAUUUUUUGGUUGAAACUAUAUUUUUGUACGAUUGAAAAAAGAAAAACUAUGCAAACCCUUUCACGGCGAUGUAGAAGCAAACAUUCGCCGUCUUAGGAAUAUGCAAAAAGGAAAUGCAUUUUCACAAAACGAAGUGAUGUCGGCUCCUGCGGAAGUGAACUACGCUCCCCGCUUUGACCUUGAAAAGAAGUUCUCCGCAGUUUUAUUUAUAGCAUGUUUUUGUUAUCAGGAUCGGUAUCGACAUAGUUGGCGAGUUGAAAUUGCGAAAGAAUUUAUUUCUCCGCUCUUCUGCUUUUAGAGGGUAAAAGUAAUCAUUAAGUUAUUGUUUUUAACGAGCCAGCAGCAUAAUAAUAUAAAUGUGUAUCACAUACGUUAAUUAGUUGUCUAUUUCGUCGGUACAAGCAUUCAGUCAACUCACAGAUCCAUUGUAUAUUUUAUAUUUAAAUAUAAUUAAUGAGCACUCAGUAAUUUGAAUUUCUUGCACUUUUCCCCGAUGUGACUGUCAUCGUAAGUGUAAUAUGUAUUAUAUUUACUUGUUAAUAUUCAGAAAAUCAUUCUUAAAUUUUUAUUUUCUAUCAGGAAAUGUAAUAUCAAAAUGUUCUAUAUUUUUGUAUAAGAUCUUUUUUGAAUGUUAUCUGAAAUGGUGGCAACGGUACAAUCAAAGCAGCAUGAUCAACUAUACUGUCUUUUCUAUAUUCGAAGGAAAGUAUAUUAAAAUAAUCAGAAUUCCACAAAUCUUGUAAAUGUAUGUACAGCUUUAAGAGGUGCCUUUUGAAAGAAUGCAGCGAUAUUUUGGAGAUUAAUAUUUGCUGUAAUAACUUUCCAGUGUUCUGAGGACAGAAAUAGAACUGGAACUUGUACAUAUAUUUAUGUUUUGGAACUGAGGUAUUCUAAUUUGCGUUGUUCAGCAACUUUUUGGGAAUUUCCUAAAUGGUAAACAGUUGCAGGUAUGUGCUGCGGUUUGCAGCCAAAUAAGGGAUCAAAGAUUAUGUAAAUGACUCCUCCUAAUUUUUAAAUCAGGUAGAUGUUUCAUUUUACUUCUGUAAUGAUAUUUAGUGUUUUUCAUUUGUUUCUAAUGGAUAUCACGUCCUCAUAAUUUCAUUAUUGCUUGGUCCCUUGUGUGUGAUUUUGUAAAUCAACUAGUCCUUAUUACGUUUUGUUUGUUUGUUUGCUUUUCGUAUGCUUAUGAUUAUUCAUAAUACUUGUACAUAUUAGCUUUUCAUGUUGAUUGUGUGCCUGGCAUUGUAUUCAUAGCUCUUGUAUAUGCAAACUGUGUAUAAAAAAUUUAUACUUA